AUGAAAAACUUUUCUUUUAUCUUUAGUACAAGUGCAGGAAGUCAUGAUCCGCCACCCAUUUCACACAAUCGACAUGUUUCACUAGCUAAUAUAGCUACAGCAUUUUUAACUGAACGAAAAUCAUCAUCACUACGUCAUGGUAGUGGUCGUCGAAAAAAUCGAUCAACAAUUAAAGAAAAAAAAAAGACAUCACAAUUAAGACAUCAAUCAAGUUGUCCAAAAGCAGUUGAUACUCUUUUAGGACAACGAUUAUCAUCAGAAAAUGGAGACAAUGGAAUUUCAACAAUUUUUAUGAUAAAUGCUAGUGCAACAGGUGCUAAUAGUAAACAUCGAGCAACUAUGUUAUCUACAGUUAAUGAUCAACCAUUAUUUGAUCAAUCAGUAUCUAUAAUACCACAUAGUCCAAAAUCCACAGCACCUGUUCGAAUUCAUCUUAAUCUUCCAGGAGAAGGAUCAUCACGUCGUUCAUCAUUUGAUUUUAAUCUUAUAUCACCAUUGUCAACAACAGUAAAACUAACUAAAAAUAAAUUAACAACAAAUGUUGAUGAUGUACGACGAACAGCUCGUUUUAGUAAUGUUAGUAGUAGUUAUGCACUAUUUUUGAAGCAACGUGAUAUGGAUAAAGUAAAAAAGAUUUUAUCACAAGAAGAUCAACGUUUGUUAUUAUCAUCGAGUGAAUGGGUUGAAGAUGUAAAAGAUAGUGAUCCAUAUAUUUCAGUUUUUAGUCGACUUGGUGAAGCUAUACAAGAUUCGGAAACAUUAGUUGAAUUUGUGAAAAAAUCGUUUUCUAUUAUUACAAAUACAUUCGGAGCUACGGGUUUAUUGGCAUUGUUAACUGUUUUUCAAGUGAUACUUUUUUUUAUUGGUGUUAAAUAUAUAAAUGAUUGUCCAGCUCAACCAAAUUUACCUAUUUAUUUACUUGUUGUUGGUUCAAUGGGUCUUGUACGUGUGCUAAAUUUAUUGUGGAAACAAUUUCGUCGAAGACGUUUAAGAAAAUUAGAAGGAAUUGAACUUGAUCAAGAAGAAGAAACUGACAGUAAUGGCUCAGGUUUUACAGAUGCUGUUUUAAAUCUAUUUCUUCUUGCCUGGUUUAUUGUUGGACAAUUUUGGACUUGGAAUAGUUUUAUGCCAAAUUUCGAAUUUGGAUUAGAAAAUCCAGAUAAAUAUUGUCAUAGAAAUGUUUAUAUAUUUACACUUGUACAUAUCGGUUUAGUAUAUGUCAUGUUUCUAGCUGUUAUUUUAUUUUUUAUCGCACUUACAUGUUGUGCAACAUUUCCACAAAUACUUGUUAAAACACCACGUUAA